AUGUGGCAAAUUUCUGGCGCCGGCUCAGCGGAGAGCGAAGGAGUCCAGCGACAACAGUCCUACUACGACGACGACGACGACGUCGAACCCCCGAAAUUCGAGCCAUCAGCCGACCCCCGGGCCCCAGAUGAACGCCAGCCAGCCCUCAACCCGGCUACGAUGGUGGGACUUGCCGAGGCGUCGGGCGACAACUUCGACAUCUUCGAAUGGUACCCGCGAUAUCAGAACUGCCAGCGUUACUUCCUGGACCAUGCGCAGCACAGCGUCCCCGUGCAAGCGCUGUCGGCGUUCCUGAACAUCCGCCUCCCCUGCCAAUGGCAAACGAACCCUGUCGCCAACUCGCGCGCUGAAUCGCCCUCCCCCGCCUCCUCCGCCUCCUCCGCCUCCGCCUCCCCGAUAACAUCGACGCCGCUGUCCGCCGUCUCGCUGAUCCCAUACAUUCGCCGGCUCGUGGCCACGGGGAUGGACUUCCCCGGGGUGCUGCACGGCUUCUUCGGCGACGACUGGAGCACGGGCAUCGGGUCUCUGCACGAACAGGAACGGCGCAAUUACCUGUUCGCGGCGAAAAGCGGCGGUUGGGCGGCGGUGAAGAAGGACUACGACAUCCCGCCGCUGGAGACGAUCCCGUUCCUGCGUCCGUUGCAAGGGCCGCUAGAUUCGGAGAUCGAGGCGGCGGAGCGGAGCUGGAGCGAGUGGCUAGCGAUGGAGGACUGGAUGGUCGGGCCGCGAGCGCCUGAUGUCCUCCGAGAUUCGUCAUCGCAGCUGUCACAACCACAGAGUUCGCAAGGGUGA